AUGUUAAAACAACAGUUUGGCAACAAUCACCGAGUUGAAGCGGCCCAUCUCAAGAGCAUGGUUGACGGGCCGGACGUUGUUCAGGGUGAUAGACAGUCCCUCAGGUCCUUCCACUACAAGGUCAAGGCCUGCGUGCAAUGGUGUACAAAACUGGGCCUGGCUGCCAUUUUGCAGAAUCCUGAGUAUCUAGGCAGAGCUGCUAUGAAGCUUCAGGACGGCAUGCGCAUGAGAUGGUACGAACAUCUGCAAGGUGACUAUGAUGGCUUGUCCCUCCUGGACUUUGAGAGAUGGUUGCAGAGAAGAGUUGAUGCUAUGUUUAACCCCUUUGAAGACUAUGUCCAUGAGCGUGAGUCAAGACCCAGGCUCCCACGACCAAGGCAUUUCAACCAGGGUCCCCCGCCCAGGGCACUUCAUCCCAACAGUGUUGGCAUUCGCGUAACACGGUCUACCCAAGAGAGCAGUUCUGGGGAGGUGACGGCCCCACCCCAGGUCGAUUCUCCCGGCCAAGAUAGGUGCCUCGUAUGCGAAGACAGGCACCGCCUUGUCUACUGCGACUCGUUCAAAUCCAAGCCCUUUAAAGAGAGAAGGAAGAUCGUAUACAACAAGCGGUUGUGCCGCAACUGCCUCAAGGAGGGGCACUUUGUGGAUUCCUGUCCGAGUAGCGGACGGUGUCUCAAGGAGGGGUGUGGCUUGAAGCAUCACACACUCCUUCACAGCGAAAGAGUAGACGAAUCGAAGUCUGAAGAAAAGGACGGUGCGGGCCACAAGGUUAAUGCCCUACAGCUUGUCCCGGUUCUGGCCUGGGGACCAAAGGGUCAAGUGAAGACUGUAGCGGUCCUCGAUGCAGGAAGUGACUCCACCUUGAUUCGCAAGGACCUGGCAGAGCAGCUUGAACUCAAAGGAGAGACGCACCAGUUGCAGCUAAACACUGUUAAGUCAGACACGCGCUCCUGUAACAUGCAGCGGGUCGGUUUCCGGUUGUCAUCAGAUGACCACCCCGAGAAGAUUGAUGUUGAAGGGGCUUGGGUAGUGCACAAGCUCAACAUCUCUAAGCACAAGGUGUCCGGUAAAGAGGCCGCGAAGCGAUGGAAUCAUCUUGAGGGUGUCAACCUGCAGACCCUCGAAGCCGGUGACGUCACGCUCUUGAUUGGUUCAGAUAUGGCUCAUCUUCUUGUACACUUGGACGUACGACAGGGCCGACCUGGCGAGCCUAUUGCGGUACAGACCCCGCUAGGGUGGACAUUAUUUGGCAGACUCGGACGCGCUGUUCAACCAAACUUGAUGCAUGUCCAUUCGAACUUGACGUUGCUCAAAGUGGGCGAGUUGCUAAACGAACAAGUUCAGAGGUUUUGGGAAACCGACUCGUAUGGUGUGAGUCGAACUGAACGACCUAUCGGCCCCUCAGCUGAGGACAGACGCGCGUUGGAGACGCUGGAUAGUACGGUGAGGAAGAUGGGCGGACACUACGAGACUGGUCUUUUAUGGAAAGACGAAGCUGUAGUGCUUCCCAGUAACAGGAGAAUGGCGAUGUACAGGCUCAACAGCACCGAGCAGAAACUGAAGAAAGACCCAGAGUUAGCCAGCAUGUACAGAAGUGUUCUAAAUGAGUACCAAAGCAAAGGCCAUUGUCGAAAGCUCUCGGAGGUCAAGGCAGCAAUCGAAGGUCCCAGAACGUGGUACCUCCCUCAUCAUGGUGUUCAAAACCCCAACAAGCCAGAAAAACUCCGCGUAGUCUUCCAUCCGGCGGCAAAGUACAACAAUGUGUCAUUGAAUGACUGUCUCCUGACGGGCCCAGACCUGCUGAACGAUUUAGUAGGUGUACUUAUCCGAUUUCGUUGCAACAAGGUCGGGAUAAUGGGGGAUAUUGAAAAGAUGUUCCACCAGGUCAAGGUCCGAGAAGCAGAUCAAGACUCCCUCCGGUUCCUGUGGAGGAACCUCGAAGAGAGAAUCCUUGAAGUAUACCGUAUGGCAGUUCAUGUGUUUGGAGCCAUUGACUCGCCCUGCUCGGCCUGCUACGCACUGCGGAAGACAGCAGAAGAUCAAGCUGGUUUGUUUCCCGAUGAUGUGCUGGAUACUAUAAAGAGGAACUUCUACAUGGACGACGUCCUAACUUCAAGGCCGUCGGAAGACGAGGCGGCAGCUGUCGCUAACCAGCUCAUUGAAGCAGUAGCGGCUGGUGGUUUUCGCUUGACCAAGUGGGUAUCUAACAGCCGAAACGUGCUCCGUUCCCUUCCGUCUGACGAGGUAUCCUGUGACGCGGUCAACUUGGACUUACAGACCUUGCCUCAAGAGAAAGCCCUUGGAGUAAAGUGGUGUCUCGAGCAAGACACGCUUUACUUGAAGCCGUUGAAAGAUAGGUUCCCCGAAACAAAACGAAAAGUCCUUAGUGCUACGAGUAGCGUGUUUGACCCCCUGGGCCUUGCGGCAAGGCCAAGCUCAAUAUACAGGAACUGUGGCGCUGUAAGAUUGAUUGGGAUGAGCCUAUUCCCGAAGAGCUGCGAAGCAUCUGGAAGUCGUGGAAGGACGGGCUGA